AUGACGGAUGUUGAAUAUGUUUCGUUCCUUCUGGAUAUGACAGGCGACUGUCCUUUGACACUCGAAUUGGAACAGUACAUGACGCCUGAUCCGGCGUCGCUGCACAUCGCGCAACUGUUUGUUUCCAAAGCAAGCAGGUGGAAGAACGUCACAUUUACAUUAUUUGGCUACGUCCAGGAGGCGUUCUCGAGCAUGCGACCUGGCGACGUGGGGGCACUGGAAUCCUAUCGCGUUCGCGUCCAUUCAUGGGAUAUGAACCGCUUAGAGACUUUCUUCCAAGUGCUUCAUUCGUCACCAGUUUUGCAUACCGUGGAUUGGGGUAAAUCAUUGGAUGCCUCGAUGCCAGAGGACGUCUCAUGGUCACGACUCGUAGAAAUCACCCUCCAUCUUAUGGACUUGUCACAGUCCACGAUGAGCACACUCUCCAAGUGUGAAUCCCUGAAGACUCUGAGGAUGCGUCGCAUACGAAGGUCGUAUGAACCGGUUUCGUCCCCUGUCAUAUUUUCACACUUGACCCGAUUGAUUUGCGACCGUCCAGAUAACUUUGAAAUAAUUUUCAACGCUUUUACGCUCCCUAUGCUUUCAGAAUUGGAGAUUACCGACAGGAAAGCGCUCACGUUGGGCGAUGCCAAGGCUCUCACCGACUUCAUCGAUCGCUCGGGCUGCGAUGUUACGACUUUUUCGAUCGACGGGCGUUCUUUGGAGCUUUUCCCACAGUUGAGGGAACAUCUGACCAAAGUCAUUACCCUGAAUAUCCUUUCCAACAUCACCAGUGCCAACGAUUUUCGGCGUCUGAUGAAAGAGCCUGGGGAGAUCGAUGUCCUUCCAAGUCUGCGGAAUCUCAUUUUGCAUAACUGCUAUCUGGAGGACGGCACAUUGGCAGAUGUCAUCUGGUCACGGCGAAAAGAGCUUCUCUCCGUGCAAGUAUGCAUGGAAGCAGAGAAAGCACCACGGGAUUGCUUGACUCUCGGUUGGUUGGAGCAGGAUGGUACUUUGGUGUCCAUCCACGAGCCGGUUGCGUCUCAUUCGACGUUCUAUUUCUUAGCGAACAACAAAAUCCGUGGGAGCGAUAUGGUGCCGAUGGUAUAUUUCCCGGACGCCGAUGAAUUGUGGUGA